CCAACACUGGCAUUUUGACUUUGACGCAAGCACAGCCAACUUCACUUUGCUGAAAGUAGUCUUUUUUCUUAAAAGUUUUUCUUACAACUCACGAUGACCAGCAAUUUUAAUAUACGGGCCAAGGUGCUGCUACACCCAUUGGUGCUUUUCCAAAUUAUCGACGCCUACGAUCGCCGACCAAAAGAUGCCAAGCAGGUAAUGGGCACAAUUCUGGGCCGUAACAACGCUAAGAAUGGCCACAUCGAGAUCACCAAUUGCUUCACAGUGCUACACAAGGAACAGCCGGACAUUGGCCGCAUAGACUUGGAUCAUGCAUAUGCUACCGAUAUUCUGGAGCUCAAUAUGCUCACCUGUCCGCAAGAGCGUGUGCUGGGAUGGUUCUCCACUGGAAAAUCGGUGUCCCGCUCCGCGACUCUGCUUUACGAAUAUUAUACCAGAGAAUGCGGCGAAGGGCAGCCAUUGCACCUUCUAGUAGAUGCAACCCUGAAGACCCAGAGACUGCUACCGCGACUGUACUGCGCUGUCGAGAUCGGAGUGCCCGGCGGUACCAAAGGCCUGAUGUUCUCGAUGCUGCCGCUGGAGAUGACCAGUGGAAAUUCCGAAAUGGUGGCUCUGCGUUUGAUGGAGAAGCAAUCGCUGCACCCGGCAACUAAACAAGUGGGACGCAUUUUGCCGGAAUUGGUUCAAGUGGUGGAAGGCACAAAGGUCAUGCAACAGCGCCUGGAUUUGGUGCUGCGCUAUAUCAACGACGUUUUGGCCCGGAAGAGAAAGCCGGACAACUUGGUUGGCCGGGCCCUUCACGACGCCCUCAGCUCGGUUCCGGUCGUGGAUUCCGAGAACUUCCGCCUAAUGUUCAAUGCUAAUUUGCGCGAUAUGCUAAUGGCCAUCACCCUGUCCAUGAUGAUAAAAACCCAGUUGCAGAUCAGUGAGAAGUUGUCCAGCAUGCACGAUCACUGAUUUAACAUGCCAAAGGGCUUUUACGGGGAAAUUCAUCCCAUUAAGUAAAUUCAUCUUUAAUCUCAACUAUGUAAUCGCUUUAUUCAAUCUUAUUUUACCAUGUACAACAGACAUGUGUUAAAAUUCACUUCUUAUUCAUAAAAAAUGUGGAAAUUGCGACUGCUUUAAUUUUGUUGUUGGUCCUUUCACGCCAUGCCUUACCUAUACAUUGAACGUAUUUAUCGCUCAUUUGCUCAAUGAGUGACUUAAAAAGAUACAUAUCUCAAAAAACACAACACAAACAAUUUGAUCCUAUUUUUAGUACACAGAGGUUGAGAGAUUAAAUAUGUAAUCGCUUUAAAUGCAUUUAUCUCAAAAUGCUAUCUUGAGAGGUGUCGCUUUUUGAGUGAAUGAGCUACAUAAACAUAAAUACUAUUGAAUGUAUUACAAGACGAAAGAAAAUCUUUUACCUUAAGCCUUGAAUAAA